UCCUACGACCUCUUCGCGAACCAGCCCCACCCCUCCUCCUUCCUGGGCCACCGCCUCCGCUCGAACACGUCCCCCGCCGCACCCUCCUACUCCAUGCCCUCCGACCAGCUCUACGCCCACCCCCCCUUCGGCGACUCUGUCCCCUCCUUCCAUUCCCAAAGCAACCCCAACCCCGGUCCCUACGACAUGAUCAACUCCCUCUCCUCCUCCUCCUCCCCCUCCUACCCCAGUGGCAAGCUCACCCCCCUCGCCCCCAACGACUCCCUCGCCGGCCUCCACCCCGGCCCCUUCAACAACAACAACAACAACAACGGCAUCAAGCACCAGGACUACUCGUCCCCCCACCCCUUCUCCGACCUCCUCCCCGACCGCCGUCUCUCCUCCGUCAGCUCCAACGGCUACCAGUCCGACAUGCACGACGACCUCGCCCUCGCAGCCUACAGCUCCUCCUACCACGACCGCCUCGCCCCGCGCGCCUAUCCCUCCGACUCCCUCUUCGCCCCAUCCUCCCAGAUGCACUCCCAUUCCGCCGUCCACCCCCACGGCCACCCCCAGAGCCCAGACCUCCUCCGCGGCGUCGCCCCCCAGGCGACCCACUUCCGCCCCGACAACGCCGCCCCCUCCCCCUACGACGACCUCCCCGGCUACAUCAUCCCCAACCCCCAGACAGACCUCGCCCUCCGCAUGCCCGCCGUCGACGACAUCAUGCGCAUGCGCCUUCACAACUCGGCCGGCAUCCCCGCCGCGACAGACCUCCACACCUUCAUUCGCCCGUACCUGGACCAGUACGUCCGCACCCAGAACCGCCUCGCCUUUGGCGAGCGCACCGUCAUCGUCAUGUCCAGCAAAGUCGCGCAAAAAUCCUACGGCACGGAAAAGCGAUUCUUGUGCCCGCCUCCGACCGCGAUCAUGAUCGGCAACUCAUGGUGGUCCGACGUCGUCCGCCGAGGGGAGGAGCCGAAACUCUCGCCUCCGCGCGUCGUCGUAUCCAUCUCGGGCGAACCCGCGCCCCAGGAGGGCUCCGUCGAGUGGUCCGCCGCGCUCGGCAAGCCGUUCGACCCCAGCGAUCCGCCCACGGGCACGACGUACAUCGGGCGCUGCGUCGGCAAGCAGCUCUUCAUCUCGGACGUCGACGAGAAGAAGAAAAAGGUCGAGGCGCUCGUGAAGAUCAUGGCGCCCGCGGCCGACGACGAGCCCGAGCGCGUCAUCGGCACCUUCCCCAGCCGCCCGAUCAAGGUCAUCAGCAAGCCCAGCAAAAAGCGGCAGAGCGCGAAGAACCUCGAGCUCUGCAUCAACCACGGGUCGACCAUCUCCUUGUUCCAUCGCCUGCGAUCGCAGACGGUGUCGACAAAGUAUCUCUGCGUCUCUGGAUCAGGAUCCUCAUUCAAGGGCUCCGAUGGCGCUCCGCUGAUGGGGGUGGAUCAGCGCAAUCGAACGAGCACGCCCUCGUUCAUCGCGCGGACGUCCAGCUGGGACCCGUUCGUGAUGUACAUCGUUGAUGUGGAGAAGCCCGCAGGGGGUAUCGAUGCACCGCCACCGCCACCACCGCAACCUGACUACCCCUCGCCCCCGCCCAACGCGAUCCCGUUCAUGAACAACGGCUCCCCCAUCCCCAUCUACUACAAUCAGACCGUGGUCCUCCAGUGCCUCACCUCCGGCGUCGUCUCCCCCGUGCUCAUCAUCCGCAAGGUCGACCACCAGACGAUCGUCGUCGGUGGGGGCGCCCACGAAGGUGCCAAGGGCGUCGGCGACACGUACUGCGCGCCGGGCGAGGUGUGCGGCGACCCCGUCAGCCAGCUGCACAAGGUCGCGUUCGAGGUGUACGAGCAGGGCAAGGGCAUGCCCGAUCUCGGCUCGCCCGGCCAAUCCGGCGCCUUUCUCUCCUGCAUGGGCGAAAAGGUGAACACGUACCGCCCCACCGACGGCCGCCUCUGGGCAGGCGGUGCUGACGUCAACGGCACCGGCGGCCCGCGCGGGUCGCAUUCGCCCGUGCUGCCGGGCUCGCCGCUCGUCUCGACGCCCGCGUCGAGCAACGGCUCGGGCGCGGGGUCGGCCUCGACCGACUAUUUCCCGCACAACGGGCACGGGCACGCGACGAGCGCGCCCGCGUCGCCGGUGCCGAACCCGCUCGACUUCCCGUCGAACGACGGCGGGCGGGUGAAGAAGGGCAAGCGGAGCACGUCGAGCGCGGGCGGGAUCGCGGCCAAGGGCAGCGCGUCGGGCAAGACGCGCCGGCGGCCCGUGUCGGCGGGCUCGUCGGGCAGUCGGCACGCGGGCGGGGACGGGAGCGCGAUGUCGGGGGCGCUGUGGCAGGUGGAUAUCGGGGAGACGAGCGUGUGGACGAUCGUCGGCACCGAUCAGGUGCGGUACAACUUUUACGUGCCGCCGGUGCUGUUCGACAACCAGAACGCGCCGCAGACGGGGUCGUUCCCGAGCCCGUCCAAGCCGGUGACGCCGUUCCCGGGCGUCGUGAAGUACCUACCGCCCGACCGCGCCGCGGAGGCCCCCAAGGGCCACGGCACUCGGCACAUGCUCGCCAAGCCCAACACGCAGACGUCGAAGAUGCUCACGCUCUACGGCGAGAACUUCUCCAAGACGGACCCGGUCGCGGUCUUCUUUGGGUCCGAGCCGUCGCCGUACGUCGAGAUUCGGUGCUCGGAGGUGCUCGGGUGUCUCCCGCCAGAGACGCAGUCGACGAAGCGGCGGCCGAUCGUCCUCGUGAGGCACGACGGCGUCGUGUUCCCCACAUCCACGGUGUAUCCGUAGUCGUCUCUCUCUGUCUCUCUGCCUCUCUGCCUGUGUCUGUCUCUCUCCCCUUCUCUCUCGGUCGUCGUCGUCUCCUUGUGAUUCCCCGACCGCUCUUUUCCUGGCCCUCCUGACCCCGUCCUUUGUGCUGUCCCGUAUAUAUGUGCUCUCCUCGCUGACCGUCUCGGACACUCUCGCGUGCUCGCUGAUACAGACUAUAGUUCCCAUUUACCUCGCUGUCGUUUUGCAUCAUACCUCUGUGUGUUUUACCCGCCCCUAUCUGUCUCCGUCCGCAUCUCGUGUCUCUCUCUCUCUCUUUCUUUCUAUCUGCAUGUGUGUUCGUUCCUUCUGGGGACAGCGGGACGGGAUUUUUUGUUUUGUUUUUUAACUUUCCCGCGUCGGAUGCCAGCCGGGGCUUGGAUCUGAAUACUAUGUAUCUCGUACUGUGCGUAGGAU